AUGUCCAGGAAUCGAGAAGAGGUGGUGACAGAGGAAAAUCAUUACUCAAUAGAGAGACCUAUUGGAUAUAUAGAGCGAGUGCUUGAUAAGCUUAUCACUGAUACCACAGCAACACCUACCAAAAGCAUGGCAGACAAGAGCAACAGCUGUCUUCCUUACAACUCUACACCCAAAAAGAAGAAGGAAAGAUUCAGUGACCAUCAAGUCUGUAUUAUAGUAGAUGGGGUCAUGGCAAAUGCUGAUAAAUUAUUUGGGAAAAAAGCCAGCAAUCUCCUGGGAAAGGCUACUAUCUGGCAACAAAUAGCUCAGAAAGUUAACAGAGAAGAUGGCAUGAACCGUACGGUAAAUGACUGUAAAAAGCGGUGGGGUGACUACAAGAGGAAAAUCAUGCAAACACUUAUUAAACUGAAACAACGUGAGCCUGGUAAUAUGGACACCAUGGAAGAAAUGCUAACUAACAGGCAAUUACGUGUUGCUAAAUUCUUCCAGAUGGAUCUAGAGAUAAGAAAAAAAGAAACCCAACCAUUGCAUGACGAGUUGUCUUUCGAUGGAAAAACAUGGACUCAACCACUAGAUGACCAAACACUCUCCAUUUCUUCCAUUGAUGACUCAGAGGAUGAUUUUGUCCCAGCUCCAAAGAAGAAUUCAGACUCAAUUUUGCUGUCUUCUUCAGUAAGUGAUGCUCAGGAUAAAUCUAUCUCACAGUCUAAUGAACAAGUCCAGUCAUUAGAACCAAACUCCAAGAGCCAUAGAUCUGUGCCACUAGAAGUAUCCACAAAUGUUACACUUAAUGUGCCAAAUCCAGAGGGUGAAAACUCUGAUGCUAAAUUAGAUCAAAUAAUCACAUUCCAAAAGCAAAACAAUGAAAUCCUUCAAAGUAUUCAAACUUGUAUUUCUACCACUUUGGAGCUCCAGAAGAAAAUGAAUCGUCUAUUGAAAAACAAUUUCAAAGAGAUACAAAAAUCAAUGAGCCUUGUUCAGAAGACGUCAAAAGAACAUGAAAACCUUUUGGAUUUCAGGUUGAAAUCUCUUCACUCUACAUUGGAUGAUCUGAAGGAUACUCUUCAUGAAAAACUCAGAGAUCAAAUGACCAGUGAUGAUUCUGAUGAAGACCUUAGUUUGGGUCAAACAACAUCGAAGCAAAGUAGCAACAAAAGGAAAGGUAGUGAAAAUUCUUCCCAACCCUCACCAGCAAAAAAACAACAACAACAUGUUCUAGGAUUAUAG